CCAUGAUAGGGACUGAGCGAACAUCAAAAACAAUAGUUACCAUGUUGUCCUCCAAGAGCUCGCCGUCGACAUGUGCAGGCACCUCGAUUAGUAGACGAGGACGCGUACUAGCUGCAGGCGCGUUGCGAAGAACACGUCGGCAUGUCUCGGCGACCUGCAGUGCCUCUUGCAGUUUCGGCUUCGAUCGGCGCCUGCUGAAGUCGACGCUUCACAAAAAUGGAGACGUCCGAGGAGUGCGGAGCAAAACCCAGGGUCUUGCGAGACGAUCAGAUCAGCAUCAGGAUAAAAACUACCAGAAAACAAGAGCUGUACAUCCACGAUCAAGCUACUCCUACUCCUUUUGUAGUUUUCUCGCCUCUCUAAGUCCAUUACUCCUCACACGACCAAUCCAAAACGUCGCGGCAAAAACCUUCCUGAUGGAAACGGUUGACUUGAAUUCUUUUCCCUUUUGUCGCUGCGCCGAUUGCUGUCGCGGUGAGUCGAUUCCGACCUUUGACGGCGAGACGCGCAUGGAGUGUCGGUUCAAAGCGGAGUCGCUGAGCUGCCAGGUGUCCGACCCGCUACGGCCGUACUGCACCAUCGAGCCGGCGUUGGCCUUGCAGGUGGGGAUCAACUUCCCCAUUUCCAAGCAGAUCACGUUAAACGUAUCAAAUGUAAAAAUGUCUGGGUCUGAAAACUUGUAAUGCUGCGUUGGGAAUUGUAAAUGCUCUGUAAUGCACAGCCAAGCAUGAGAAAUAUCUGCGCUUCUUUGUGUUGCGUUUUUCGCAUGACAAACUGCGUUUUUGCAUGACAGGCAAAAGGGUCUCUUCUUGGACACGCAUCACAAACUUUUUGGUCAUCCUAGACAAGCAUGACAAAUCUCGCAAUCUUUCAGACCCAGACACUUUUACAUUUGAUAAAACGAGUUCUGCGCGAAUUCCUGUCAGCCGGUGGGGAACGACUACGGGGAGUUUAUUUCCCACGCGGAGGUUAUGGAUGUGUCAGGAUCGAAAUCGACAGAGUCGAAAAAUUUGUAAUGCAUAAAAUGUAGGGCACAUAUGGCCUGUAUUGGGGAGCAGGCAAAUGAGACCGAUUGCCAGCCUGUUUAGGGAAGACGAUGCGCUUCCAGAGAAGCAUGACAGGAGCAGUCUUCUUUGCCGAAACAGCAUGACAGGCUGGACUUUGGUGCUCCCGAAAUUUGUCAUGCACCACUUGGAAACUGAGGCUCCAACUGGUAUCGAUCUUAUGCAUCACAAAUUAUUUCGAUUUUGUUGAUUUCGAUCCUGACACAUCCAUAGAGGUGACUAUCAAGCAGCUGAACGGCGUCAGCGGGACCGACAAGAAGGAAAUCAAGCCGGAACUGCAGGCCGCGAUUGACAGUCUGGUGGCGUCGCGGGGGAUGACGGAGGAGGAAGCCAAGACUUACGUGCUGGAAAACGUGGAAGAGGCGUCGGGAGGGUAAAACAUUCGCAUCACUGCUUUUACUUUUCCUCGCUUGUUCUUCUUCUUCAUCGUUCAGUUAUGAUGGCGCAUGAACAUGACCAUGCAUGAGAAGGGCAAAGUCUGUCUUCAAAGUCUGUUUGUCAUCCUUAGAAGUGUACGUGAACAUCUUUCAGCGUGAUCCCGGAGACGUUAUGUGAGAAAACGACCUGGCUCAACCCUGUGCUGGAAAACCCCGUGAAACCGUUGCUCCCCGAUUCAGGCCCGGGUACGCUGACGAGGUUCUUGCGACUGGUGUACGAGUCUUUUCCGCCAAAGUGGCUCAUGGAGUACAUCAUGCCCGAAGCACCAAGUGCGGCCACCGCGACGCCGGCGGGGUGAGGCAGAUGAUGUGAAUGUAACUGGUAGCACGUAGGAGCCGGCAUUGACAAAAUUAUAACUCACAUUCAUGAACGCAAUGUCGGCAGCGGCUCGUGGGAAGAGUUCGUUGUUGCGAUGAAUAUUCGUGUUGAUGAUGAUGACACGUAGGCAUCUGUAUGAUUGACAAACUUCCAACCGUUUCCGUUUCGCAUUUAAUUUCAUGAGAUGAAAAUGAAUCGCUUUGGACUAUGCAGUCAGUCUGUCUCUGUGUCUGGGUGGUAGUGUCCGC